AUCCACUCACUCACUUGCAACACACUCCUUCAUAUUCUCCUUCUUCUCUCACUUCAAAUCCACUCGUUUUAUAAUCCAGAAAAGUAACUCUUCGUUACAACAUCAUCACCGCCAAAAUGCAGUUCCUCGCCGUCGCCGCCCUCCUCUUCACCACCGCCCUUGCGGCUCCCUCCUCCGACGUCAACGGCAUCAUCCGCCGUGCCAACGCCUUCUGCCCCGAGGGCCUGCUCUACACCAACCCGCUGUGCUGUGACCUCGACGUCCUCGGCGUUGCCGACGUUGACUGCGUUGUUCCUCCCGCAAAGCCCUCCAGCUGCAAGUCCUUUGGCAGCGUCUGUGCCUCCAUCGGCCGCAAGCCCAGGUGCUGCGCCGUCCCCGUCGCCGGCGUGGCUCUUCUCUGCACCGACCCCAUCCCGGCCAUCUAAAAGAGCUCACCAGUCCUAUUCCUGGUCGAAUCGAACGCCGGUUCAAAUUGCUGGAAAAGCUUUGUACAUUGAGCUUCCUAAUUCCUUGUUAAGUAAAUGUGUCAAUAAAUAAUGUGCUGGCUUUUUGGGUCAAACGACGGAUAGAUGACCGGGAGUCGGGAAGAUGAGGAGUCUGGAGGGAGGGAGGGAUCAAAUGGCUUCACUUCGAUAUACACCCUUUACCAUACUGCAUUAAUGGAUACAUGUAUAAUGCCUUC